AUGCCCACCCCCAGCCGCCUAGAGGCGCUGCAGCAACAGAUUAGGGAAGCGAAGGCUAUCGCUGCUCGUUUGCCUGCUUCUACACGAGACAGAGUAUUGUCUGCAUUAAGAGAAGGGCUUCUGCUUCAAGAAGAGAAAAUACUACAAGCAAACAGAGCCGACUUAGAGGUUUGUCUGCUGAAAGGAGGGAAGGAAGCUGCUCGCACGAACGCAGCUUUGCAUGAAGCAUUUGUUCUGGGAGUUCGUUCAGUGAUGGGGGGCCUCAAGCAGCUGGGUCUGCCUCCGGUGUCUGAGGAGGAGAUGCAGGGGUUGUGUUCAUUGGUGCAGCUUGUGGAGUCUCGUGAAGAGGUGCAGCAGUUGCUGCAGCUGCACGACAGCAUCGACCUAGUCAUUCCAAGAGGAAGCAAAGAAUUGGUUUCUUUUAUACAAAAUAAUACCCGUAUUCCCGUUAUGGGGCAUGCAGAAGGUGUCUGUACAGCCUACGCUGAUGCAGACUGCGUCUCAACGCAGCAACGCAUGCAGCAGGUAGUGGGGGUUAUACGAGACAGCAAGUUGCAGUAUGUUGCUGCAUGCAACGCUUUAGAGGUGCUGCUUGUGCACAAAGAUGCAGCAGCAAAGCUCCUACCUGUUCUAGGCCAGGCUCUAGCAGCAGAAGGUGUUCAGUUUCGUGCUCAUGCAGCUGCUGCGCAGCUGCUGCCGCCUGAAGCGACCCAACCUGCCGCAGAAGAGGAUUUCAAGACGGAGUGGCUUGCCCCCAUAUUGUCUGUGCGAGUUGUGGAAAGCGUUGAAGAGGCUGUGGAGUGUAUUAACAGAAACGGCUCCCACCAUACAGAUCUCAUUCUCUCUUUCACUCCUCCCCACAUAGAGACGUUCAUGAGGGGUGUUAGCAGCGCAGACGUCUUUUGUAACUGCAGCACGAGGUUUGCAGACGGCUACCGUUUUGGGUUUCAAGCUGAAGUCGGGAUUGCAACAGGGAAAACCCACGCUAGGGGCCCCGUGGGCCUUGAGGGCCUCUGUACGUACGCCUAUCGACUCUAUGGCUGUGGGCAUACCGUUGCUGCUGUAGAGGGGGAGAGUGCAGCAGCAGGCAUCUCGUCUUCCGGCUUCACACACAUACCGAUGCUAACAAUGGAGCCAGCUUCAACAACACCCAGCCUCGCAUUGGCAACGGAAGAAGCCAUUGAUGCAUACGAACGAAACCGACUGCUCCGGUAG